UGCUGUAUUUGUCUUGGUUUUCAAAGUUCAAGCAUCUGCUUGACAAUAGCUACUGUCUUCCAGCGACAAUAUCUGAACUGAACUCAAAUGCACGACUCUCACUGCUCUCACCGUUUCAUCAAACCAUUUUCAACUCUAACGACGACAAGAACAACCUAUUCUUCUUCUGAUUGGAGGGCUCAAAUCAAGCAAAGCCAGCUGGUUUCCCAGGUCUCAUCCAUUCUCUUACAAAGACAUAACUGGGCAUCACUUCUCCGAACUCUCAAUCUCCGCUCCAAACUAAACCCAGUUCUGUUCCUCCAAAUCCUCCACAAAACCCAACAUCACCCUCAAAUCUCUCUAACUUUCUUCAACUGGGUCAAAACCCAUCUAGGUUUUAAACCAGACCUUAAGUCCCAAUGCCAUAUUAUCCAAAUUGCGCUCGGGUCGGAUCUUUGUCGAUCUGUGGAACCCGUUGUAAACUCUCUGAUCCAGUCCCAUCCUGCACCAAUAGUUGCAGAUUCUAUGAUUCAAGCUUGCAAAGGUAAAAAUUUUCAAUCUAGUGCUUUAAGUUCAGUUAUCAAAUGUUAUUCAAAACACGGUCUUUUUAUGGAAGGAUUAGAGGUGUUUAGAAAAAUGAGAAUUCAUGGAUUUACUCCUUCGGUAUGUGCGUGUAAUGAGCUGCUUGAUGCUUUACAGAGAGGAAAUGAGGUAAAGCUAGCUUGGGGUUUUUUAGGUGCCAUGCUUCGAGUUGGUAUUGAGCCUGAUCAAUUUUCAUGGUCAUUGGUUGCUCAAAUUUUUUGUAAAAAUGGGAAAUUGGGGAAAGUUGUUGGAUUGCUAGAAAAGGGCAUUUAUAAUUCUGAAAUUUAUGAUCUUGUUAUUGAUUUUUAUAGCAAAAGUGGGGAUUUUGGAGCUGCAUUUAAUCGAUUAAAUGAGAUGUAUAAUAGAAAAGUUGAUACUAGUUUUUGUACCUAUAGCUCAAUACUUGAUGGGGCAUGUAAAUAUAAUGAUGGAGAAGUAAUUGGGAGGAUACUGAGGAUGAUGGUAGAGAAGGAAUUAGUUCCAAGACACCAAUUUUCUAAAAAGGAUUUGAUCAUUCCAAAGCUUUGUGAUUUGAGGAAGACACAUGCAGCUGAAAUGUUGUUUAAGAAGGCUUGUGAUGAGAAUAUUAGAUUGCGGAAUGAUACUUAUGGGUCUAUGCUGAAGGCAUUGUCACAGGAAGCAAGAAUAGAUGAAGCAAUAGAAGUGUGUCGUAUGAUUUUGAAAAGGAGAAUUGUUGUGAAUGAGAGCUGCUAUUCUGCAUUUAUAAAUGCUCUUUGCAAGGAAGAUCAGUCUGAUGAUGGAUAUGAACUGUUAGUGGAUAUUAUAAAAAGAGGACAUAAUCCUUGUGCAUCCAAAUUAUCCAAAUAUAUAUCAUCACAGUGUAGUCAAAUGAAUUGGAGGAAAGCUGAAGAACUCUUGGAUCUAAUGCUAGAGAAAGGGUUAUUGCCUGACUCAUUUGGUUGUUGCUCGUUGAUUCAAUAUUAUUGCUUUAACAGACAGGUCGACAAAAUUGUUGCAUUGCAUGAUAAGAUGGAGAAAGUGAAGGGCUGCUUAGAUGUAACAACAUACAACAUGAUUCUUGAUGUGCUUUGGGGAGAAAGGAAAGCUGAAGAAGCAGUCAGGGUGUAUGACUAUAUGACAGGACUGAACUUGGUCGACAGUGCAAGUUUUACAGUCAUGAUACGCGAGCUCUGCCACAUGAAGGAAAUGAAAAAAGCCAUGAAAAUUCAUGACGAAAUGUUGAAUAUGGGGCUUAAACCUGACAAAGGUACAUAUAAGCGACUGAUUUCUGGGUUUAAGUAAUAGAUGGGGUAGCGUGAAUGAACUGCAUGCAUCUCACACCGUUUAGAUAAUGGGGUAGGAUGUCAUUCUUUCAUUUUUAUUGUAAAUUAUAUAAGCCUGGAUUAUGUAAAGAUGUGUUAUGAAAAGCAAAAUCUGAUUUGCAGGCUAUAAAAA